UUCCACCUUGAUUUACUCUUGUUAUUUACGUCCGCAGCUAAAAAUGGAGGCUGGCCUUACUUUCAGACCUCUGAUAUGCUUAUCUCCAUUGAAGUGUAAUAAGGCCUCACUGCCUUAUCCCUUCCAUCGUAUCCAGUUAAGCCGUUUUAGUUCGGGAAUGUAUAUCAAAACGCAGAACAAUGAAACGUACAAGCUCAACACCAGCACUGAUAAUGGCGCUCCAAAAAUGAAUAUCCAGAACGAAAAUAAGUUGCCUGAAGCCACAAUAGGUCGUCACCUAGCUCGGCGUCUUGUAGAGAUUGGCGUCUCCGAUAUCUUUUCUGUUCCUGGUGACUCUAAUCUCAGCCUCCUCGAUUAUUUUGUUGCAGAGGCUAGGCUGAACUUGGUUGGGUGCUGCAACGAGCUAAAUGCUGGCUAUGCAGCUGAUGGGUAUGCGAGGUCUCGUGGAGUUGGCGCAUGUGUUGUCACCUUCACCGUUGGUGGGCUUAGUUUACUCAAUGCCAUUGCUGGUGCUUACAGCGAAAGCUUACCUAUAAUUUGUAUUGUGGGUGCUCCUAACUCUAACGAUUUCGGCUCUAAAAAGAUUCUUCACCACACCAUUGGCUUGCCAGAGUUUGAUCAAGAACUACAGUGUUUCAAAACUGUUACUUGUCACCAGGUGGUGAUAAAUGACUUGGCUGAUGCCCAAGAACAGAUAGACACAGCAAUUGCAAUCUGCUUAAGAGAAAGCAAGCCUGUAUACAUCAGUAUCAGUUGUAAUUUGGUGGCCAUCCCUCAUUUUAGUUUCAAUCAUGAUCCACUUCCGCUUUUCUCUUCUCCAAAAAUGAGUAAUCAAAUGGCAUUAGAACUGGCAGUAGAGACAGCUGCAGAACUCUUGAACAAGGCGGUGAAACCAGUGAUGAUAGCAGGACCAAGACUCCGAGCUGCAAAAGCUUGUGAUGCUUUCAUGGAGCUGGCAGACUCUUGCGGCUAUGCGCUUGCUGUAAUGCCCUCUGCUAAAAGUCUAAUCCCAGAACACCACCCACGAUUCAUCGGAACCUACUGGGGUAAUGCAAGCUCACCCUUUUGCAACGAAACUGUAAGUAUUGCUGAUGCUUCAAUAUUUGCUGGUCCUCUUUUCGACGAUCUGAGCACUGUAGGAUAUUCACUCGUCUUCAACAAAGCGAAAGCCAUAAUUGUCGAGCCUGAACGUGUGCUCAUCCCUAAUGCACCUGUAUAUGCAUCAGUACUAAUGAAGGACUUCUUUAAAGCACUAGUCAAGAGGCUUAAACGUAAUUCAACUGCUUAUACAAACUUCCAACGUAUUUAUGUUUCAGAAGGAUAUGAUGAUCUAAUCCCUAAUGCCUCAUCUAAAGAAUCUGCUGUUAGGGUAAAAGUUUUAUCUGAAAGGAUACAGAAGAUUUUGUCUGCUAACAUGACAGUCAUCGCUGAAGCAGGAGACUCGUUGUUUUUGUGUCAGAACUUAAGCUUGCCCCGAGGAUGUGGGUAUGAAAGUCAAUUGUUGUAUGCUUCAAUAGGUUGGUCAAUAGGUGCAACUCUGGGAUAUGCACAAGCUGCUCUUCAUAAACGAGUUAUUGCUUGCAUGGGAGACGGAAGCUUCCAGGUGGGGGGACAAGAGGUGUCAACAAUGUUGAGAUGGGGGCAAAAGAGUAUUAUCAUCUUAAUAAACAAUGGUGGUUAUACCACUGAAAGUAAGAUCCACGAUGGUCCUUACAACAUCAUCAACAACUGGGAUUACACUACCUUUAUUCAUGCCAUCCAUAAUAAUGCCGAAGCCAAGUGUUGGACGGCUAAGGUACAUAAUGAAGAAGAGUUAGUUGAAGUGUUUGAGACUGCAGUGAGAGACAAAAAAGACUGUUUGUGCUUCAUAGAAGUGAUUGUUCAUAAAGAAGAUUGUAGCAAGCAGCUACUUCAAGUUGGGUGUAUGCUUGCAGCUGCCAACACUCGUCCUCCAAUUAUUUCCUAAUUA